ACAACAGUUUAAUAUGUAUAUAUUGAAUUAUGUAAAAUAAAAGAUGAGUUAUUAAAAAUGACUAACCUUAAAAAGGUUCAACUUUUUAUAAUCAGAAAUGUGAAAAUAAUGAUAAAAGGGGGAGAAAUUAAAAAUGUUUCAAUAUAUUUUAUUUUUGAUAAUAUUUAAUAAAUCCUUGAUUAUUUUCGAUGUGAAAUGCAUUUUACUGUAUUUAAAUAGUGUAAUUUAUUGUUGAUAUUCUGCACUUGAAUGAAUCAAAUCUUCAGUAUUUUACAUCUUAAAGGUGCGGCAGGUCUCGCUCUGGCCACCAGGUGGCGCUGUUUCCUCGCUGUUGAAGCUGAAUGGGACGGAAAUUCUCCGCUCCAGUUUUAUGGCAGCUGAUCCAGUUUGCUGCUGGUUCGGAUCCGGCUGCAGGCUCAGGCCGCCUCCUGAGGCUGAGAUCGGUUCGGCUGAGAUCCAGCCGGUUCGGAGGACAGCGGCCGGUUCGGAGGACAGCGGCCGGUUCGGAGGACAGCGGCCGGUUCGGAGGACAGCGGCCGGUUCGGAGGACAGCGGCCGGUUCGGAGGACAGCGGCCGGUUCGCGGUGACUCCUCCUCUAAGCCUCUUACUGUAAUCACGCUCCUGCUGAGGCUGCAGGACCCGGUUCCUGCCCUCGCAGCUGCUCAGAACCGGCCCGGUUCGGUCCAGGAUGCCGUGCGGAGACGCCGUGGCCGUGUGGGACGUGGCUCUGAGCGACGGCGUGUACCGGGUCGAGUUCGCUCACGGAACCACCACGGGGAAACGGGUCGUCUACGUGAACGGGACGGAAGUGAUCCGGAAGGACUGGAUGUUCAAGCUGGUGGGGACGGAGUCGUUCCGUCUGGGCGCCGCCGGCACCAAGGCCGCCGUCCACAUCCAGGCCGUCGGCGGCUUCGCCUACCAAUACUCGCUGGACGUCGGCGGGAAGAGCCUGCAGAAGUUCAUCGACCACAGAGCCAAGACCACCAAGACCUGGGUGGUCCAGGUGGACGGGAAGGACUGCCGGGUCGUCCUGGAGAAGGACACCAUGGACGUUUGGUGCAACGGGCAGAAAGUGGAGACAACGGGACAGUUUGUGGACGACGGCACUGAGACCCGCUUCACCCUGGGGGGUCACAGCUGCUGCAUCAAGGCCACCGGCGGCGCCAAGAAGAAGAACGGCGUCCAACACAGCCUGCUGCUGGGCCCACCUGCAGAGCCGGACCAGAACCAGAACUAGAACCAGAACCAGGACCAGUAGAGAUGGACCAGAACCAGAACCAGGACCAGUAGAGAUGGACCAGAACCAGAACCAGGACCAGUAGAGAUGGACCAGAACCAGAACCAGGACCAGUAGAGAUGGACCAGAACCAGAACUAGAACCAGUAGAGAUGGACCAGAACCAGAACCAGUAGAGAUGGACCAGAACCAGAACUAGAACCAGUAGAGAUGGACCAGAACCAGAACCAGUAGAGAUGGACCAGAACCAGAACUAGAACCAGUAGAGAUGGACCAGAACCAGAACCAGGACCAGUAGAGAUGGACCAGAACCAGAACCAGAACCAGUAGAGCAGGGGUCACCAAAACUUUGUGGGACUGGGAGCUUCUUCACGGGUACAGAGCAACACGAAGGACUACUUGUUUAAUACAGUAUAUAUAAGUAUAUAUAUAUAUGAUCAUAUUAAUGUCAGGACCACUAACAAUAGUUAUCAGUAAUAAUUUACCAUGAUAAUUAAUCGCUAUUAUGUGAUCAGAAGUUUUUAGCUCACAGAGUUUUACGUUUGAUUCCUUUUGGAGUUUUUCUCUGUGAUUCUAAACUGACAACAAGUGACUGAAAUAAACCAAAUCAAACUGAUGAUUGUUGCAGUAACACCUGCAGCUGCACUGAGUACCUUGACAUGUUCCUUUCAAUAAAAAAGAAGAGUUAUAGUUUUAUUAUCUAACCAUCUGUUCUAUUAGCAAAAUUGUGGAAAUAAAAUAUCUUUUGUGUCAAAACAUAUUAAACACACAAAGCUGUCAGUCUGAGGGAUGAGGUGGGGAACCCAAAGCCUCAGUCUUAUUGGUCAGUUUGCUUUUAUUCAUUUAACGGCUUUGUGUUUUUCUGCAAGCUAAAAAUGAACCAGUUGGGUUUGAACCUCCUGUUCUACGUUCAGCCUGAGCUUCUGACAGUCUGCGCGGUUCUGGCGGGUCGCAGGUUUAUAGCUUUGUUCUGGUUUGGCGAACCGAACAGCUGACGGAUCCCGCUGGCUAAAACUAUCACUGCACCUGACCUGCAAGAGCACAAGCUCCUCUCCAAUGCGCAAAAAUCAGCACAAACCUGAACCAAGAGCAGCGGAUUUUAUCCAGACGAUGCUAAAUAAUAAAGACAUGGAAGCGAAGCCUCCUCAUCUCGGAAAGAGGUUCAGGUGUUGAUUCCCAGAUGCGCUACGAAUAACAUGUUUUGGCACAAUUUAUUUAUUUUUUCUUCACAAUUUUGUUAAUAGUAAAUAGGGUUCAAUAAUAAGAAGUUAUUCUUUUCUUUCUUUACUUAAAGGAAAAUGUCAAGGUAUGCAGAGUGCAGCUGCAGGUUCUGAACUUGAACAGCAGGAAAGAGUUUUAUACAGAAAGCAAUUUAUUUUAAACGUUUUUAUCAUUUUCCUCUUUUGAACUCUAAAUAUAAACAAACGUCAUUACUUCAAUGUAAAAACAUUUAAUUAAAUUAUUUUUUGGUCCCUAAUGAUAAUGGCUAUUUUUAGAAGUGGCUCCGCGGGCGCCUGAAAAGGUCCCUGCGGGCCCCGGGUUGGUGACCCCUGAACUAGAUCUUGUUUUUCUUUUCCGACUCCAAUAAAGCUGUAUCUCCUCUGCUGGGAUUUUAUUUUGAAAGGCCGUUAAUGUCUGGUUGUCAUGGCAGAGGUCAUCUUUGCGCAGUCUCCAUCUGUCCGAAUGCAGCUGUUCAGCAGAACGGCGGGAAAACCGGAACACGACUGGACGGACCUUCAAAAUAAAAGCUCAACACCCAUUUAGUUGUGUAAUUUCUGACUAAAUAAAAACAGAUGUAGCUUUAA